GAGCACGCAACAAUUAAAACAACAUUAGUUAAGAAAAACAAUAUAAAAUACAUAAUAAUUAUUCGGAGUCGGCAACAAUGCUUCGCGUUCGGCGGCGGAGGGUGGUGACGUUGUGACGAGCGGAGCCGUGGACGAUGACCGCUGAACGCCGACGGCGAGGGGAGUGACCGACGUCCGCCGCGAGCGACGCGCAGUGGGAAGAAGAAAUGUGGCGCGUAACCUGCCACAGUAUCAUUGAUUAUAAAUACUAUCAAUCAAUGAUUGUACGAUUCAAGAUAUCAGUAACACGCACAGAUAAUAAAUUAUCCUUAUCAGUGAUUGUUAAAAUGUUUUUUUCGAGGUUAUGUCUCUUUAACAACUUCAUGCUUGCUUUAAGAAUUUUAGAUUACUGAUUAAUAUUCUGUGUUCUGUAAACAUCAUAUUGUAUCGUGUGAUUUUUCUUUACUUACAUUCUGUCAAAAUGCCUAUGCAAAAGAAAAAGGUAAUCAAAUAUUAAUUAUUUUAAAUAAAUAUGUAAUUAAUAUAAUUAUGUUUUAUAUAGUUUCAAUCUGGUGAAGGAGCCAGAUACGUCACAAGACGAGCAGCAUUAAAUAAACUUCAAUUGUCGUUGAAAGAUUUUCGUACAUUAUGUAUAAUCAAAGGAAUUUAUCCAAGAGAACCUGCUCAUCGACGCAGAGCUCAAAAAGGAAAGAGUGGUAUACAAAUUUUGUAUUUAAAAAAAGACAUUCUGUUUCUGCUACAUGAGCCCAUGAUAUGGAAAUUACGUGAUCUACAGGUAAUACUGAUUUAUUAAAUUCAGUACAGUUUUCAUGCCAUGUUGUGUUUAGGUUCAUUUAAAUCGUUUACGUAGAGCAAAGGGAAUGAAUCAAAAGGAUUUGAUAAAACGAUAUGCCAAUACUGUCCCACGCAUCACAAUUGACCAUAUAGUAAAAGAGAGAUAUCCAACAUUCAUAGAUGCUCUCCGUGAUAUGGAUGAUGCUUUAACUAUUUGUUGUCUAUUUGCUACUUUCCCGAAAUUAAAAAGUAUUCCUACCCAUUUAAUUGCUCUAUGUCGUCGUCUCACUAUUGAGUUUAUGCAUGUAUGCAUUGCGGCUCGUGCUUUACGUAAAGUAUUCAUAUCUAUUAAGGGUAUUUACUUUCAAGUUGAAAUCAAAGGACAAGCAAUUACAUGGGUUAUUCCUCAUAAUUAUCCACAUGAAGUAAAUUAUUAACAUUUUUUACCUAUAAUACAAUAUUGACGAUUGACUAAUUGUUUUGUUUAUUUUAAAUUUAUUUAGCCUCAAAAAAAACAAGAAGUAGAUUUUUAUACUAUGUCAACUUUUGCUGAUUUUUACUCAACAGCUUUAGGUUUUGUUAAUUUCCGUCUUUAUCAUAAUUUAAACUUAUACUACCCUCCUAGACUUGGUUCUUAUACUGGUAAAUAUUAAAUCAAUUUUGGUAUAUUUUAAGUCAUUAAAACAUACCUUAUAUUUUUAGCUGAAGCAAUUGAAGAUGAAAUGUUAGAAGAAAAUGAAACAAGUGAUCGAGUCGCUGCAUUAAAUUUACCAUUGUUAAAAACUGCUGAAGAUGUAGAAGAUCCAGCUGAAGCAGAGUUAAAUUUAGAUACAUUUGCAGCGGUAAUACAAUUUUAUUAUUAUUAUUAUUGAUAAUUUAUCAUUUAUUUUGGUGUUAUUUCAGGAUGGCAAUGAAGAAAAAGCUGAAGAAGCACGUAAAGAAUAUGAAAAAGUGAGGAAGUUAAAAAAUCUUUUUGAAGGACUUAAAAUUUUCUUAAACAGAGAAGUACCCAGAGAGCCUUUAGUAUUUGCCCUUAGAUGUUUUGGAGCUAAAGUUUCUUGGGAUGUAACAACAUUUCCAGAAGGCGCUACAUUUCCUGAGACUGAUGAAACUAUCACUCAUCAAAUUGUGGAUAGGCCUGACCUCGAAAAAAAGUUUAUUUCAAGGUAUUUUCAUUUAUUUUUAGUUAUCUUCAUAGUUUAAAAAAUAAUAACAAAUUGUUUUUUCUUUGGUAUUCUUGAAACCAACCAAAAAUAACAACUACGUUAAUCUUUAAUAGUAAAUAAUUAUAUUUAAUUAUUUUUUUAGAUAUUAUAUUCAGCCACAAUGGGUUUUUGAUUGUGUAAAUGCACGAGAACUUUUACCCGUUGAAAAAUACUUUAUUGGCACUCCAUUACCUCCACAUCUAUCACCAUUUACUGUCGAAUACCGUACACAACGUUAUGUACCACCCGAAGAGAAGGCCUUAACCGACCCAUCUGUGAUUGUCAACCGAGGUAACAAGUUAUAUUUUUGAAAAUGAAACAAAUAUUUAUUUUAAAAAAAAUUGUUUACAGAUCAAGAAUUAUUGGAUGAAAUUUCUGACAAUGAAAUUGAAGAUAUUAAAGAUGGUGAAAAUGAACCUGAAGAUGAAAACAUGGAAACUGAUGACGAUAUAGAUGAAUUUGGUGAUGAAAUAACUGAAGAACAAUUAGCUGAAAUUAAAGUAUUUAUAAUUCAAAUAGAACGUUUAAAAUAAAUUUUAAUUAAAAUAUUUGUUUAGCGUAAGAAAAUGAAAGUAGAGACCGGUACGCCAGAAAUAGUCAACAAAGGAAAGUUAAGACGUGAAAAUCAUCAAAUGCAACUUCUCAAAGAGAAAAUGAUACAAAAGAAAUACAGAAGUUUAUACAAGAGCAUGAAAUCUGGUAAGAUCCAAAGACAAAAAGAAAUAAAAUUACUCAAAUACAAAAGACGUAUUCAUGAAAGAACAAGCAUAGAAAAGAAACGCGCAGAAAUUAAAGCAAGAAGAGCACAAGCUGCAGUGGCUUAAAAUUUAGAUAUAAUUUAUUUUGAUUAAAUGUUAACAUUUUAUUUUUAUGAUAUACUUCUUUAAUAAAUAAAGGUUUGAAUUGAGAAAAA